CCAUUAAAAGAGCAGCACGUGGGGGGGGUGGAGCCUGACUUUAAAGAGGGAAAGACACUUUUGGCAUGAGCUCCCAUUCUCUGGAAACACUCUUCUCACCCCCCACCCUGGAUCGGCGGGGGUCAUCCCUGGGCCGAUCUGCUUGACAUGCAUAACCCAAGCUACUGUCAUGGCAAAAGUCAUGAUAUCCAAGAUGGCGACCAUAGGAACUCCAGAGGUGCAAGGCCUGCAACGGCCCCACGGAGAUCUCCAUGAUUACAUUGCAGGCUCUAUGCUGCGUCUGGAGGAAAUAUUCUUACGCUUUUGGGGGGCAUUAGAGGACCGAGCAGCGGCAACAUUACCUUUAUCUAGCGGCAUAGCCCUGACAAGGUGCCCGGAAAUUACACCUGCGACAACGUCCACACACGCGGAAACCGGCCAGCCGUUUACAACAAAAGCAACGCAAGACAAAGAUAUUUUGCACUUCUAGGCUUGGAAAGGACCUGGCACCUAAGAUUUACCAAAUACGUGACUGAUGUUAUCGGCCCUUAAUAAGGCCUGGGGCAGGAGGGGCACCUUAGCACAGUAUCGGUAUGCUAUUAUUUCUAGCGGACCUUCUCAAAGCACUAUGGGCUUACUGACUAUGGGAAUCGGCUGGCUUCCCCACCCCUAUAGCAUGACAGCCUAGACCUUUUGUUUUAUUAUUUCUGUAGAAGCUAUCUUGCAUCAAGAUUUUUUUUCCUUUUUUCUUUUAUUAUGUCUAGGUCCCAGUGGUUCAAGUUUGUUCCUACCGCUUAAAGGGACUCAAGUUUUCUGACCUAUUUUAACUCAUCACUAACUGCCCUUAUUUUCUGUCUCCCAGGAGGUAACAUACCAAAUAGACUGAGGACAAAGCAAGUAGAAAUAGCAAAAUAUUUAAAAUGCUAUCUAGUUUUUAAGAUUGGCAGAAGUAGCAGUGUCACUUAGAAGAAAAAUGAGCUGGCUUUUGAACAUUAGCAAUUUAUUUGGCUUCAUCAAGUGAAAUAAGUGAAAUAAAGACGAAAGCUGUUCUUCACACAUGAAUGUGAAUAAUUUUGUCUCAUGUGUAAGAAAAGUAAAACAAUAGUGUAAAAAGCACAAAUCUUCCAAGUUUUGUAUUUCACUAUGUAUGUUAUCAAGAAAAUUAUGUUGAUGUCAGAAAUUUUCUUUUGACAGUUUUCUGCUUUUCUUUACUGACCUCAAUAAGGUGACCAUUAAAAAUUCAGCAUGUAGUACAUUUUCACUUACCUCGUGUUUUCGACACUUAUAACUCAUGGUUUUGUUACCAGUUAUCAAACCUUUGGAAGGAUUUCAAAUGCAAUGCAUGGUGCUUCCCCCCACAAACAUAACAGACAAUUGUUGUGAAAUAUGAUUUGUGUCUGUCAUGAACCAGUUUACCCCAAUGGUAUGCUUCCUGGGUGAGGGUAUAGCUCAGUGGUAGAGCAUGUAGGCUCCACCCAGACACCAAAAUAAUUGAAUGCCUCUGAGCUCAUGUUAUCAACACACUAAUGUCACCCUUUUAAGUGUGGCCCAAAGAUUAGC